AUGGCCUCCCGCUACCGCCCCGCCCUAAGGCUGGGCUGGUGUGGACUGCGCCCCUGGGGAGGCGUCCCAAACCGGGGCACCCGUGCUCUCCGGGUGGUCAGCGGCGACCUGGGCCAGCUGCCUGGCGGCGUGCGGGACUUUGUGGAGCGCAGUGCCCGCCUGUGCCAGCCGCAGGACGUCCACGUCUGUGACGGGAGCGAGGCCGAGAAUGCGGCCACGCUGGCUCUGCUGGAGAGCCAAGGCCUCGUCCGCCGUCUCCCCAAGUACGACAACUGCUGGCUGGCCCGCACGGACCCCAAGGAUGUGGCCCGAGUGGAGAGCAAGACCGUGAUAGUGACCGAAUCCCAGCGGGACACGGUGCCCAUCCCCGUGGACGGCGCCCGGGGGCAGCUGGGCAACUGGAUGUCCCCAGCCGAGUUCCAGAGAGCCCUGGACGAGAGAUUCCCCGGCUGCAUGAGGGGCCGCACCAUGUACGUGCUCCCGUUCAGCAUGGGCCCGGUGGGCUCCCCGCUGUCCCGCAUCGGGGUGCAGCUCACGGACUCGCCCUACGUGGUGGCCAGCAUGCGCAUCAUGACCCGCCUCGGAGACCCCGUGCUGCGAGCCCUCGGCGACGGGAGCUUCGUCAAGUGCCUGCACUCGGUGGGACGCCCGCUGCCCCUGGAAGGGGAGCUGGUGAACCAGUGGCCGUGCAACCCGGAGAAGACCCUGAUCGGACACGUGCCGGACCGGCGGGAGAUCGUCUCCUUCGGCAGCGGUUACGGUGGCAACUCCCUGCUGGGCAAGAAGUGCUUCGCCUUGCGCAUCGCCUCCCGGCUGGCCCGCGACGAGGGCUGGCUGGCCGAGCACAUGCUGAUCCUGGGCAUCACCAGCCCCGCGGGGAAGAAGCGCUACGUGGCCGCCGCCUUCCCCAGCGCUUGUGGCAAGACCAACCUGGCCAUGAUGCGCCCGGCUCUGCCCGGCUGGAAGGUGGAGUGCGUGGGCGACGACAUUGCCUGGAUGCAGUUCGACGAUGACGGCCGCCUCCGCGCCAUCAACCCCGAGAACGGCUUCUUCGGCGUGGCUCCCGGCACCUCGGCCACCACCAACCCCAACGCCAUGGCCACCAUCAGUCGCAACACGCUCUUCACCAACGUGGCGGAGACCAGCGACGGCGGGGUCUACUGGGAGGGCAUCGACCAGCCCCUGCCCCCCGGGGUCACCGUCACCUCCUGGCUCGGCAGGCCCUGGAAACCCGGUGACAAGGAGCCCUGCGCCCACCCCAAUUCCCGUUUCUGCGCCCCGGCCCGGCAGUGCCCAAUCAUCGACCCCGCCUGGGAGGCUCCUGAGGGGGUCCCCAUCGACGCCAUCAUCUUCGGGGGGCGCAGGCCCAAAGGGGUGCCCCUGGUUUACGAGGCCUUCAAUUGGCGCCACGGCGUCUUCGUGGGCAGUGCCAUGCGCUCUGAGUCAACCGCUGCAGCGGAGCACAAAGGGAAGACCAUCAUGCACGACCCCUUCGCCAUGCGGCCCUUCUUCGGCUACAACUUCGGGCGCUACCUGGAGCACUGGCUGAGCAUGGAGGGGCGGCGGGGGGCCCGGCUCCCCCGCAUCUUCCACGUCAACUGGUUCCGGCGGGACGCGGAGGGCCGCUUCCUGUGGCCGGGCUUCGGGGAGAACGCCCGCGUGCUGGAGUGGAUCUGCCGGCGCCUGGAGGGCGAGGAGAGCGCCCGCGAGACGGCCGUGGGCCUGGUGCCCCGGGACGGGGCCCUGAACCUGCAGGGCCUGGGGCCCGUCGACACGGCCGAGCUCUUCUCGCUGCCGCGGGAGUUCUGGGAGCAGGAGGUGCGGGACGUGCGCCGGUACCUCAGCGAGCAGGUCAACCGGGAUCUGCCCCGCGAGGUGCUGGCCGAGCUGGAGGCCCUGGAGGACCGGGUCCGCCGGAUGUGAGCCGGGGGCGGGCAGGGGAGGCCCCGGCCGGGGACUCGACAAUAAGAGCUGCUCCUCUCUUUUA